GCGAAACAUUCGCCCCCAAAAUUUCUAGGGUUUCGAAUUCGAUCAAGCCCUCAGAGCCAUCGGAGCCAGAGGCAGUCAGUUCCAGGUUGGUGUUUGAGCUCUUAAUCGGGGAUGGGGACGGAGAGAAAGCGGAAGGUGAGCCUGUUCGACGUGGUGGAUGAGGCCUCGGUCUCGGCCAAGAUCAGCAGGACCAACGGACGAUCUCCUGCUGCGGCGGCGGUGUCUUCGACGGUCAACCGGUGGAGUGGUCGGCCUUAUUCUCAACGGUACUUCGAGAUCCUCGAGAAGCGGCGGACGCUUCCGGUGUGGCAACAGAAGGAGGAGUUCCUUCAUAAGCUCAAGGAUAAUCAGGUUCUUGUUCUUGUUGGUGAGACUGGAAGUGGAAAAACUACUCAGAUUCCACAAUUCGUGUUGGAGUGUGAUGACUUAAGCAAACGGCCUAUUGUUGCUUGCACCCAGCCUCGCAGGGUUGCUGCUAUGUCUGUUUCUCGGAGAGUUGCUGAGGAGAUGGAUGUAACAAUUGGGGAGGAAGUUGGUUACAGUAUUAGGUUUGAAGAUUGCAGUGGUCCAAAGACCAUUCUAAAGUAUUUAACUGAUGGUAUGCUUCUUAGAGAAGCAAUGGCUGAUCCACUCCUUGAGAGGUAUAAGGUGAUCAUCCUUGAUGAGGCUCACGAGCGAACAUUGGCAACAGAUGUUCUGUUUGGGCUCCUUAAAGAAGUUCUGAAAAAUAGGGAAGAUCUGAAAUUAGUAGUCAUGAGUGCAACACUUGAGGCAGAGAAAUUUCAGGGGUAUUUUAAUGGAGCCCCUUUAAUGAAAGUGCCUGGAAGGUUACAUCCUGUGGAAAUCUUUUAUACACAGGAACCUGAACGGGAUUAUUUGGAAGCUGCAAUUCGAACAGUUGUGCAGAUACACAUGUGUGAACCUCCAGGAGACAUUCUCGUUUUUCUUACAGGAGAAGAGGAGAUUGAAGAUGCCUGUAGGAAAAUUACAAAGGAAAUCAAUAAUUUAGGGGACCAGGUUGGUCCAGUGAAAGCAGUCCCGCUUUACUCUACCUUGCCUCCAGCAAUGCAGCAAAAGAUAUUUGAGGCCGCUCCAGCACCAUUGACACCUGGAGGCCCUCCUGGAAGGAAAAUUGUGGUGUCAACAAACAUUGCUGAAACAUCCCUCACUAUUGAUGGCAUAGUGUAUGUUAUCGAUCCAGGGUUCUCUAAACAGAAAGUUUAUAAUCCAAGGAUCCGUGUGGAGUCUUUGCUUGUUUCGCCAAUAUCAAAGGCAAGUGCCCAUCAGAGGUCGGGGCGUGCUGGUCGAACACAACCUGGAAAAUGCUUUAGAUUAUACACUGAAAAAAGUUUCAAUAAUGAUCUACAACCACAAACAUAUCCUGAAAUUCUUCGGUCUAAUUUGGCAAAUACAGUUCUCACCUUGAAAAAGCUUGGUAUUGAUGAUCUGGUCCAUUUUGAUUUUAUGGAUCCACCUGCACCAGAGACGCUGAUGAGGGCAUUGGAGGUCUUGAAUUACCUUGGCGCCCUAGAUGAUGAAGGGAACAUGACAAAGUUGGGGGAAAUAAUGAGUGAGUUUCCCCUAGAUCCACAGAUGGCAAAGAUGCUUGUUGUUAGCCCUGACUUCAACUGCUCAAAUGAAAUCCUCUCAAUUUCAGCAAUGCUUUCAGUACCCAAUUGCUUCCUCCGGCCUAGGGAUGCUCAGAAAGCUGCAGAUGAAGCGAAAGCUCGGUUUGGCCACAUUGAUGGGGAUCACCUUACGCUGUUGAAUGUGUAUCAUGCAUACAAACAAAACAAUGAAGAUCCUUCAUGGUGCUAUGAAAACUUCAUCAACCAGAGGACAUUGAAGGCGGCUGAUAAUGUGAGGCAACAACUUAUGCGGAUCAUGGCCAGGUUCAAUCUCAAGUUAUGCAGCACAGAUUUCAACAGCCGCGACUACUAUGUCAACAUCAGAAAAGCUAUGCUUUCAGGAUACUUUAUGCAGGUUGCUCAUCUAGAACGGACAGGUCACUACUUAACAGUAAAGGAUAACCAGGUGGUUCAUCUCCAUCCUUCAAAUUGCCUGGAUCAUAAACCUGAGUGGGUCAUUUACAAUGAAUUUGUCUUGACCAGUAGGAAUUUUAUCCGUACAGUAACAGAUAUUCGUGGGGAGUGGCUCAUCGACAUAGCUCCGCAUUAUUAUGACCUCAGUAAUUUCCCACCCUGCGAAGCAAGACGGGUUCUGGAGAGGCUGUACAAUAAGCGAGAGAAGGAGAAGUCCGACGGCAAAUCCAAAAGCAAAGCCCUUUAGCAUUUGCUUCUGCAACUCUAGUCAUUAUAAUUUUUCGACAGAAGCUCAGCCAUUUCGCAAUGCUUCCUUUUGCAAGAUCAUUCAUCCUCAGCAGAUACUAAUGGCGCGAUGAACCAUUUUUUUUUUUGUUGUUAUCAAACAUGUGUUCCUAAUGAUCAUGUCAUCCCUGUUAAUGUUUUGCCAUCUCUCUGGAUGAUGAUGAUAAUGAUGGGUUUCAUGUAUUUCUUAGUUUUGAGUUGUUUAUCUCCCCUUACAUUGCAACUCUUUAUCAUAAAUUAUUAUGAAUUGCAACAAAAACUUUUAUGAUA